AUGGCGAGAUCUAGCAGCGAGACGGCAUGGAAAUCUGACCAAACGCUAGCCCUCGCUCAAUGGCUGGUCCGUCGAGAGCCAUCGACAGACGAUCAGCCCAAUUUGGCGGCGUGGAAGUCAGGAUUCGGGAGACAGGCCGCCGAAGCUGCACUCGUCGACCUACCUGAGCUCCGACAGAGCAGUCCGGAACAUGCAUGGGAGUCUGUGUAUCGUCAGAUUGAGCACAUGCUCAAGACGUACACGAAAGCGAGGGAAAUAUGCACCCAACGCGCCUGGGGCCUGUCACAGUCGGAUCAUAGCAAUCUGCGUACAUCGGAAUCAGGACUCGUCAAAACUAGAGUGUUGCGACUGUGUCCCUAUUUCUAUAUUCUCCAUGAGCUGAUCUCGCCAGACCUCAAGCAGAACUACGGUCUACCCCCGGCACUGCUGCAGACCUUGCCAGGAGCGGGCAAAUUGCCCGCAUCGUCCUUUGCACCCCUCGCUGCACCUAUCGACGCGUCAGCUCCUGCUGUGUCCUUCAGGACCUCCACAGCGAGCACAAGUCAGCGACAGGAGGUCUCUUACACGCCGCCGGGCACGCCGCCGCGAGUUUACGCUGAGCUUGACGGAGACGAUAUUAUGCUAUCGAACGACGACGACGACGACGACGACGAUGGUGAUGACGAUGCCCUGCUCGGUCACACUCUAUCGAACCCCUCAUUGCGGUUGUCCGAAUCGCUCACAUCCGUCAGCCCUGCUCUCGCCAGCUUGUCGAGACGUUCACCAGCCACAGAACGAGCUCAGAACUCACGAAAGCGGCUGCGCAGCUCACCUGACGCAGCGAUUCACAGCCCAGCGACAUCGCGUCAUCAGAGUCAGGCCAGGUCAGCACCACCGCGUGAUGCUGGAUCUGAAGUCAGAACGAUCGAUCAUGUCAUCGUUGACGACUCGAUGGUCUCUCGGACGCUACCGGACGCGCUCGUUGAGAUUUCGAGAAUGUACUUUGAGCAAGAAGCAGCAGAGCGAGAGGCGCAAGAGAGGAGAGAGGAGCGGGCUGCCGAGGCUGAGCGCAGACGGGAUCAAUUAGAGCAGCUCAGGCUCGAGAUUCGGCUGGAAGGGAAAGGAGCUCGAAACUCGUUGCAGCCGCAUAUACGCAUCCUGAGCGGGCUACACUGGCUCUGCGAGUUUGUAAACCGCCAGUACCUGCCCGAGAAGCAGCAUCUCGUACUUGCGAGCUUGCGCGCCCAUCAGCAGCAGUACGAGACGUAUUGA